AAUAAACAACGAUAUUUUGAAUUUUUGACCAGUCAAAUAAUUUGACUCCUCAAAUGACCUCGGUUUGCUUCUAUGCAAAUUUUCAAGUCUUACCUUUUUCUUUUGACUCCUGCUCUGUAUACAAAUACAACCGUAUACUUGUGUAUACACAUGCGAAAUCUCACGAACCCUAGAUUUUCAAUUCUAUAUUUGUUUCUUUCCCCUUUCCGUUCACGUCGAGAUUCCAAUGUCUGAGCCUGUGUUAUUCAGCUGAGGACAACCUAUUUAUAACGAAAUUAGAUGCUUAGCGAUUGCGCUAUCUUAAGAUUGUUGAAAAAUCAUUAAUCGGUUGGGGGAUGAUGAUAAAUUAUACACUUCUGGUGAUUUUGCUUGUACCUGCAGUAAUUUCUUCUCGUGUACCUGCAGAUUCGGAGGGGGAAGUUGCAGGUUCAAAAAGUCAAGUGUUAGUUGAUGGUAGUGAUGGUAGGGUGAAGGAGAAAGCUGCUCUUACCAAGAAUGUUGUUAAGUUGGAUAAUAAUGAUCCGAAGGAGCAGAUUGAUCCUAAUGAAAAAGAGGAGCUAAAAAAGGGGGAUGGUGGAGAUCACAGGGAUGAGGGGUCUAGUUCUGAGUCAAAAAAAGAAUCUAAAGAAGGGAGAUUGCCACCGGUAAGAGAAAAAUGUGAUACCUCAUCGAAUCAUUGUACGGAUGAUGAUAAGACGUUAGUUGCUUGUCUGAGAGUUCCCGGGAAUGAAUCGCCAUCGCUUUCACUUUUGAUACAGAACAAAGGUAAAGGUCCCCAGAGUAUCACAAUUUCAGCCCCUGACUCAGUUCAGCUAGAGAGAAAACAGAUUGAGCUGCAAGAGAACAAAGAUACAGAGAUGAAGGUUUCUCUCAGGGAUGUGGGAAAUGGCCACUCCAUCGUCCUGACGGCAGGUCAUGGCAACUGCAUUCUCGAUUUGAAAGAUGAAUUCACAAGCAGGAAGAUGGAUCACACUCCGAGCUCUUCAAACUUGAUUAUCUCUAGGCCAACUCUAUUUAGGGGAGUUGUGUUUUUGGGUGGCUUGGUAAUAGUUGGUGUUUCAAUUUUCAUGUGUAGCAAAUCAGGGAGGAAUUACUUUGCAAGAAAAGAUUGCAAAUACCAAAGGCUCGAUAUGGAGCUACCCGUUUCCCGCGGCACCAACCCUAACGAUGGCUGGGAUAACAGCUGGGGAGAUACUUGGGAUGAUGAAGAAGCUCCGGUAACCUCCUUGCCCCUCACUCCAACCCUUAAGUUUAAGGAAGGUUGGAAAGAUUAAAGAAACAAUGCAUACAUCUUGGAUUUUUUUUUUUUUUUUGAGUUGGAGGAGUAGGAGCGGUGAAGGUUGAACCCGAAACACGUCUCUUUUAUUCGAGGUUUGCCGUUUGGGUGUUCAUGAAGGGAUAGAGUUCGCUUUUAACUCUGAAUAUGCUGAUGACACACUUACGUUUCUUCAUUCAGUGUUGAUGCAUAAGCAAUUGGACAUACAUUACAAAACGGAGUUUCUGAAGAAUUUUUUAGAAACAAACAUUUGAAAUUUAAA